AUGUCUACCGAGACUGCCGAAUUGCAACGCCAGCUGGCCAGCUUCCAGUGCCAGGCGGAGCGCCUGCGCGCUGAGCGUGACGACACAGCCCGAGAGAUUGCAUCGACAGAGCGGCUCAUCCGGGAGGCUCUCAGGGAAAACGAGCGUCUGGCUCGGCAACUCGGCCGCCUCCAGGAGCGAUUUCAGGGGCGCCAGGCCCGGCGAUUCUGGCCCAUGUAG